CUGGGUCCUGACGCAGAUGCGUUGUUCGACGUCCGUCAGGGACUUGCCCGAGGCGCUGGAGCAGCGCGGGAUCUUUGACCGCGCCCCGCUGCAGUGGCCAGCGUUGCGUGGCGACGAGAUAGGGCACUUGCUCGCCGCCUGCUCCGACAUGACCUUGCACGAGAGCACAUGCGCGUCGAGCCAGACGCGCAGGUGGCGCCCCCGGUGCAUCCCGCUUCUUUUGCAGACGCUCUCGACACCCUCCAAUUUGAAGACGCGGAGGCUGAGCUUCGAGUGUCCAUGGGGCGGUUUGCAGUCUCCUGAUCUGCGGGCGCAGGCUCGAGCUCGCAAGCGCAUGCGCUUGCUGGCUGAUCACGGCAGACUUUGGGCGCCGUUCGACCGCUGCGUCAGACUUGCGGAGCUUCGCGCGGGCGGAAACUUACUCGCUUCUUCCCCGUCAAUCUCCCAGAAGAUAUCCGAGCGCUGGGGCCAGGUCUUCGAAGAGAAAUGCAUUGCCAAUGCCUGCCUCUCCCGCCUCGCGAACAACGCCCUCGCCGACGUCCUCUACGAUGCGCUCCGGCGGCAACAUGGCGGGGAUCAGAUGCCCCUCGGCUACAGCGACAC